AACGUGGCGCUAUAAGAUCCUUGGUUGUGACCAUACGUGUACGUACUGAAACUGCGCUGCACAGCAGCUGUGUGUGUGUGUUCAUCGGCCCCUGAACCUCGACAGAAGACCAUAGACGUAGACGGGUCUGUGGACAGGCACUGGGGCAUGGAGGUAGGAAAAGAUGGCAUGCAGAAAGGACGCCCUCGUCCACUUCGCUACGUACGAGUCAGUGAUCAUAGUUUGUCAUUUCGUCUAUCCUGUUUAUUGCUGUGCUAGGCCUACCCAGACAUACUAGAUUUCCAGUCAGUGAGUGUGCAGACAAUCAAACAGGUUUACAUGUAUGUUGGCCCCUGCUCCAAGUCAACCAAGGCUCUUAUUUAGUCAUUGUCCACUACAUGUACGUCACUUUGCUGUUCUGCAGACCUGGAGUGUCAUCAGUUACUUCUUUAACUAUGUCAACAUGGCCCAGAGGAUUGUUUGGCUUGCUAACUGUAGGUCACUGGUUUUGCUUAACUCUCAGCUGACUUAUGCUCAAGCACCUUCCAGUAAAUGCACAAGGCUAGCCUUGACAUCAAACAUCAGUUUUGGAACAACUUGCAAGAAGACAGUGCAGCAUGUUCGGCUUUCAACGACUACCAGGAUGGGAAACUUUGGAGGGUUCUAUUCAGCCUGCACAGCAAACCGGUCUGGGUGGUUUCCACAAUUAAGACUUGCUGGCCAAUCAACCAUGACCUCAAGCAGAUGUUUAUUGCAAGCCCCUUGGCCAACAAUGUUGAACUCUGUGGCCGCCUCCACAACCACUACAAGAGACAAGACUAGGACUAAGCUUCGGAAAAAGCUUCCUGAGCUCGACGAGACCGAGCUAGAAGAGAUGUUUGUUCGAGGAUCGGGACCAGGGGGACAGGCAACAAACAAGACCAGCAACUGCGUUGUUCUUAAACACUCUCCUAGUGGUAUAACUGUCAAGUGCCAUCAGACACGUUCGCUGCCCGAGAACCAAAAGAUAGCCAGGGAGCUUAUGAAGGAGCGACUAGACAUCCACUACCACGGGGAGGACAGUGCUGUUCUCCAGCAGAAGGCUGCCCACCGGAAGAAAGUCAGCGAGAAGACUCGCCGGACCAAAGUGAAGCUGGAGAAACUCAAAAAGAUGAAAGAAAUGCUCAUGGAGGACAAGGAAGUGUAGAGGAGGAACUUGGACCUCUUGCCACUGGUACUUGGUGACUGUUCCUUUGACAUGGCAAGGAACCAUUUACAAAUGUGAAGUGUAACCUCUCCAUUAAGGAAGCGACUUAAUACUAGCCCGUGAA